AUGGCAGAUGUGCUGGGACUGAGCCGCGCCGCCGGAUUCCGGCUCGAAGGAAGCGCCGAUGCCAAGACCGGCCAGAUUAUCAAUCAAAAAGGUUGGUUAGAGACUUUAAAGGAGCAUAGGAAGGUUUCAAAAAAGGUCCUAAAGCAAUAAACUCUCUGACCAGGGAAUAGUUCAUGGUUCAUGGUGUAGUUUUUUACGCUGAUUUCAAAUCCGGUCUCGAAAUCUGCCACCGAAGCCUGUGAAAAAAGUUAUGGACCCUCAAAGGUCGAGAUACAAUCCUGCGCCUUUAAAUGAUGUAGAGGAUUUUACAGGUGAGUAAACUAUAAAAAUAGUGGGCUCAUUCGUGAUGUUUUUAUUAAAGUUGGACUUCGGGGACCGGAUCGGGGAAUUUCUAGUGACCACUUUAGUAGCGUCAGAACCCUUAAGUGAUCCCUAGAAUGUUUCAGAAACGUCCGGUUUUUGAGUUCCAAGUGCUAAAAAGUUUCAAUGGAAAGUCCUAGGAUAGUUUUUUUCUUUUUGCAAGUUGAUCUAGAGCUUUUUUUGUUCAAGUAAGAAGAAAAUCCGGGUUUAUAUCGCUCUUCCAGUGCUGAAUUUUCAGACUCCAAACCAUUGUUGUAAUUUUAAAAUCUUCGACUUGAAUAUAUCGAAAAAAGCUUCAGGCGAAUCGCUGGCCAAGGAGACGAUCGUCAAGUACACAGCCUCGCAGGCCUACGUCGUCCUGACCGAUCUGGAAUCGUCGAUCGCCGGGAAGACGAUCAAAGUCGCUCCGAAGGAGGAGGACCUCCACCUCAAGCUCGGCAGCAUCGAGGUUAGUUUUUGAGUCUUCGAAACAUGUCCAAAGUCUUGGGAAUUUUAGAGUGGUUCCAAUAAGAAUUAUGGGGAAUAACAACCGCUAUAGCGACCGGAAAAGUGGUCCUUAUAGGGGUUGAAUCAAGGUGGUCCCUAUAGGGGUUCAUGGCCUGACCCCUUAGCCCCUAAAGCUUAAGUGGUUCCUAUAGGGUUGCUCAAUUUUUCAGUUUUUUGCAUGCAAGUGCUUCUUCACAUAGAUUUCAUAAAGUUUUUCGACCAGCAUGUCCCCUAUAGGGGCCACUAACUGAAACCCCAUAUAGAGACCACUUUUGCAAGCUUUAGGGCUCCCAAGGGGCUGGCUAAUGUUUUAUUCCUGACUAGCAUGUCCCCUAUAGCGACCACUUUUGCAAGCUCUAGUGAUCCCUAUAGGGGUUGGUGAAAUGGUCCCUCGAAGGGCCCUUGAGGUUGCCCUAUAGGAACCACUCUGUUCCUAAGGUUUAAUGGCGGCUGGCCAAUUAGACGUGAGAAGGGAGAUGGAAGUGGGCGAAAGUGAUUUAGAUUUCUCCACGCCGAGAAUGGGAGAGAGAGGGAACGAAUAAACAUUGAAAAUUGAUGGAGAUCGAGUCCAGAAGUUUCUCUUUUCAUUCCGAACUUUAUUCGGAUUUCGGCCAUUGGGAAAAUUUUCUCUCUCUGAGAAAAGUUCACUGGGGAAAUUUUUAGUGGCCACUUUAGGGUUUUGACACCUUAGAGGCCACUAUAGGAGUCGAAUUAGUGGCCACUUAAGUGAGUGCAGAGGUCUAAGUAGUACUACGAAUCCACUGAAGUGGCUUCUAUAGAGGUGAUUUUAGUGGCCACUUUAGCGUCCUCUCCAGUUCUGGAGAAACCUCUCAAGUGGCCACUAGAGCUUUUCGCAAGACCUUGAUCUUUGAAUUUCGUGAAGAUUUGACAGUGACCCCUUGAGUGGUCAUUAAAUGAAUCAGAACCCGUUUUCUGCCAUUUUUGCUAUAAUAAAAGGGAAAAAAGCGAAAUUUUCUGACCGUUUUAUGAUACUAAAAGUCGAUUUGCUAAAGUGGCCACUUCCAGAACGCCGAGGUGGAAAAGGAGAACCGACGUCUGAUGCCGAUCGCGGCGCAGUUCCACUCGGUGCCUGAGGCGCGGCUUGCCGAGUGUCACCUGUCCGACCUGCUCGCCGAGCACACCCUGGGUCGCUUUAACCUCGAGCUCAAGAAGAACGUCACCAUCGAUUCGUUCGUCGUGAGUUUGAGCAUUCUGAAGCGGAGAAUCGGGAAGAGUUAUAGCUGAACGACUCGUGGCGCGACGACGCCGGCUUCAUCGUCACGGAUCGGAAUACUUACCAGCAGGUCACUUUCGGGUCGGCCAAGCUGUUGAAGACUCUUCAGCCGGCUUCUGGUGCGUAGUUUUCAAAAUCUAGGAGCUCCAGAGUGCUCUCUAUAGGGGCAACCUUAGCCAGCCCCUAUAGGAGCCCCAAAGCUUGCAAAAGUGGUCCCUAUAGGGGUUUCAGUUAGUGGCCCCUAUAGGGGACAUGCUAGUCGAUAAUUUUCAUGAGCUGUGCGAUAAACUAAAUAAAUAGCCUUUUUUUGAAGAAAGUGAAUGAUCCCUAUAAGGACCACUUAAGCUUUAAGGGCUAAGGGGUUAGACCCUAAAUCCCUAUAGGGACCAGCUAAAUUUUACUUUUAUAGGGACCAUUUUUUCGUCCCUUCUAGGAGUUGUUUUCCCUUUUAAACCCUAUAGGGACCACUCUGGAAUUCCUAAGUCAUUUCGAUAAUUUUGGAAAAUUGUUUCGAUUCGAUAAAUUUUCUUAAUGAGCUGGAGAAAGGUAUAGUCGCCCCUUACGAAUUUUUUCAUUAAGUGGUCCCUGAAGGGGACGGAAUAAUGACCUCUUAACAGGUUCAAGACUGGUUAGCAGAAUUCUUUGAAUUCAUACUGUCAAAAAUUAUCGGCCUAAAAAAUUCAGGUUUAGUGGUCCCUUGAGGUUUUUCAUCUCCUUUUCUGAAACUUCAUCAUUUUUUCCAGGAGUCACCAUUGUUCCCUAUAAGCCGGAGGAUUUCGACGGCCUCGCAGAUUUCGAUAAUUCGGCUUGCGGAUUUUCACGUGACGCCUAUUUAGAGGUUGGAUAAUAGUAUAGAAUUUUGAAAUUAGUGUUCAAAAAUGCAAAUUGUAGGUUCUCGCGGCGAAAUCGGCUAUUUUGGUCGCGAAAAGCGGCGCGAUCGAUGGUUAUAUCGCCGCCAAGGGAACACAGGUGAAAAUAGAACUGAAUUUGAAGAAAAAGUUGAAAAUUUGAUGAUUUUGGAACGAGAUUUGUUAUCGAAGUUGUGUUUAAAGUGAAACGAGAGAGCGGUUGGCUCGAAGAGGCGCUAGAGAUAAAAUGGAACUUUGACUUCUCUGGCGUCUCUUCAAGUCGCGACUGCUCCCUCGCUCAAGUACUGGGAAAAUUUUGAGUGACCACUUUAGGGUUUUUGAACUUUUUGUGAUCACUAUAGUGAUCGAGUGAGUGGCAACUUAAGUGACUGAAAUUUAGUGGCCUGUUUAGAAGUCUAAGUGCUAAUACUAGACCUCUAGAGCUACUAUAGUGGCCACUAAGAGCUGGAUUCACUGGUAACCUUUGUGUAUUCUCCAAGGGGAUUUUGAGGAACCUCUUAAUUGACCCCUUAAGCAUUUCCCAAUUCGUUGACAAGUCCAUUUUCAAUUUUGAGUGUCAUUUUGUGAAAUUUCAAGCGUCGUUCUCUAUUCCUGUUUUCUAGUAAUCGCAAAAAGAUCCUUUUCAUUUAUCGUUUUUUUUGCUUGAUUUUGGGAAAUUUUCUCAAGCAAUACUUCAUCUUCUUUCGGAUUAAAACCCCCAAUUAAAUGUAAUUUUUGCAGAUUUAUUGCCUAUACGCUGAAACGAUGGAGUUGGCCCACGCACUCCUGAAAGCGUACAUUGAGCAGAAUAAGUUGAAAGAGGUAGGUUUCAAGGAAAAUUGUUCAAAAAAUGAACAAGAGGUUUUUGGAAGUUCCAAAAAAGAGAACUCUCGGAAAAUUCCUAGAGAGAGUGGUACCUAUAGAGACAACUUUAGGGCCUUUGAAGGUUUCUCUCUAGGGACCACUUAACCUUCCUGUAUCCUUUAAAGCUUCCAAAAGUGGUUCCUAUAGGGGACAUUUUAGUCGAAAAUUGUUAUGAACUCUAAGAGAAAAAUAUUUCCAUGCGAGGAACAAAAAAAACCUUUUUUGAAUGAAUUUGUACGACCCCUAUAGGGGCCACUUGAACUUUAGUGGCCAAGAAGUCAGUCUCUAGACCCUAUAGGGACCACCUUAAUUUUACCCCCAUAGGAGCCACUUUUUCGGUCCCUAUAUGGGGGCUGUUUUUUGCCCUAAACCCUCUAGGGACCACUCUGGAACUUUUAAGUUUUUCUCAUACUUUUUUCGUCCGUUUAGAUUUCGAAUGUCAUGUAGAAUGACGUCAUUCAAAAACGCUCUGUGGAGGGCUCGCUCUCUGAUUGGUUUAUUGCGCCAUUAGGGGCGGAGCUUGAGCGAGGACUUGACAUUUGAAAUCUGAACAGACUAUACGAAUCUUCUCGCGUAAAAUACGAUCCUUGUUAGGUGAUUCUGUUCACGAAAACCGGCGUCUGGGAAUGCGAGCCGGAAUCGUCGCGCCCCGUACACCGGAGGCACACCCGCGCAGUUCCCUCACAGAUCAAGUGGCCAAAGGUUCAAAUUUAAUGUUUUGAUCCCAAACAAAUCCAAAAUUUACAGAUCUACGCGUUGAAUAUGGGUGUCCACAUUGUGUAA